CAUGGUGUGGUCUGAUGUGAAGCGUCUGUGGUAUGAAGGAUUGGAGGACUUCCUGGAAGAGUCACGGAACCAGAUGAAUUUUGUCAUGAACUCGCUUUAUUUGGCUAAUUUUGCCCUAAAAGUGGUGGCUCACAGCAAGUUUAAAAACGUUGGGGAAGAGGCAAGGAAAAACUGGGAUGCAUUUCAUCCCCUCUUGGUUGCUGAAGGCCUUUUUGCGUUCGCCAAUGUUCUGAGCUAUCUCCGCCUCUUCUCCAUGUACACCACUAGCUCCAUCUUGGGGCCUUUACAGUGCUGCAAAUGUGUUUUCACUUGA